AUGACACUUUUGAUGGUAGGUGGUGGAUGGAGGCAGAAACCAUUCUACAUUAGACACUUUGGUGAUAGCAACACGGUUACAAGACCAAUGCUACAAGAUGCCAUCUUGAAACUGCUCAAGCGUACUGGUAUCAAGAAUUGUAAAUCUGAAGGUGGCGAAGACAGUGAUGAUGACAAUGAUGAACAAGUAACCGAUAAUGCUCAUAAACUCAAAGAAAAGUACUUUGGUUUAGUUGAUGAUCUUGAGAAGUCAAAGAAUGUAUCUUGGCCUGACCUGAUACAUAGUUUCUUAGAGAAGAAAAUCAAUCAGAACUACAACACUCCCGAGGACAUCACUGGUUGUGUCGUCUAUUUGUUGUUGUUGUAUGCGGAGCAUACUCACUUGGUGAAACCAGUGACGUUACCAGAUGAUCGAUACCUUCCAAGAGCGGCAAGGUGGAACAUCAAAGAAAUAUCUGUUGAGUUUCUAAAGGAUAUGGAGGCUUCGCAAUACACAUUCUCUAAAGAAUUUAAGGAUGAAUAUACUAUGUAUGAAAAAGAAAUGUUGAAUGAAAUUGCUCAAAGGCUUCCAGUUGAAGAAGUGCCAUUGACAGUAGAUUGGCAAGAAAAAUUCGAGGAUUUGGAAGUAAAGAAUGAAGAUUUGAGGCUGACAAUUGCAGAAAAAUGGUGUGAGUUACAGAGCAGGAAAGAGGACGGCCUCCCCAUUGAUGUGAGUAUCCUAGAAGAGCUUUUGAAUGAUAUAUAUCACAGAGCUUACCCACCUCCACAACCAAACUCGGGAGAAGAAGAAUCUAGCAGUAGCUCUGAAGAAGGGCAUGAUGAUUUGGAUGACACCGUUCCAUCAGCAACUACUCCUUGGUAA